AUGGAAUUAGGGGAAAAGAGAGAAGAGAGUUGCGACGUAAAUGAAGAAGAGAAGGGGAAGAGGGGGCUGACCACACCACCAGCGCAGGAGAGAACCGAGGGGAGAGAGAAAGUGACUCGUCUGAGGAAGAGAGAGUCGGAGGGAGCUGUUGCGCCGUUGCGAGGGAGAGGACGCACCACUGCUGUUGCCGCCUCGCCGUCACCGAUUGAUGGAGGGGAAAACGCUCGCCGCGCAGUCACACCAUGGGAGAACGCUCACGGGAAGAGAGAGAAGACACCGUCGAGGAUCCCAUCGCCACCAGAUCCGUGUCACCGCCACGAACCGCCGCUGUUCUGGCUGCCGGAAGCCGCCGCCGAGCCUUUGCCUUCUUGGAUUGAAUUCCGACGAUUUUAUAUCAAAGUUAAGGUUACAGUUGGACCAUCGGAGUUUCUGGCCGCUGUCGGAGAUGCCUCCGGGUCAGCUCGGGAUUGCGGCUGUUCCAUUUUGCUCUUACUGAUUGAGUUAUUGGGAUUGCCUGUUAUAAUUAAAGCCGUUUCUGCUAUUGCAGAAGUGAGCAGACCUGCGAUUGAAGCUGCAGUUGGUUUCAGGCGGAGAGGAAUGGUUCUUGUGACACCUUUAGUUUAUGGGUUCAACUUUCGAGCUUUACCUUUUCAGGAACUGGAAGAAGCGUUAUGAAGAGUUACACUGCGU